GGCCCCUUGGGAAUGCCAGCGUGCCGUUUCGUAGAGGAAGUCGCUCUGGUUAUUGCGCUGCGGGAUUGUUACUGGGCCGCGGGGGAAGGCAGCGGAGCGCGAGAGCUGAAUGCGUCCAGCAGCCGGGCGGAACUGUCCGUGAAGCCGUUUGCGAGAACUUAGGCAUAAAGUCCGCUUCCAAGAUGUCCGUGGCGGGUCUGAAGAAGCAGUUUUAUAAAGCCAGCCAGAUGGUGAGUGAGAAGGUUGGCGGAGCAGAGGGAACCAAACUGGACGAAGACUUCAAAGACCAGGAAAGGAAAGUAGAUGUUACCAGCAAAGCUGUGGUGGAGAUCAUCUCUAAAACCUCAGAGUACCUGCAACCCAACCCUGCUUCCAGAGCAAAGCUGUCCAUGCUGAACACCAUGUCGAAGAUCCGUGGGCAGGUGAAAAACCCUGGGUACCCGCAGGCAGAGGGGCUACUAGGGGAGUCCAUGACCAAGUACGGCCGGGAGCUGGGGGGAGACACCAACUUUGGAGGCGCCCUCUUUGAUGUAGGGGAGUCAAUGAAGAGGUUGGCUGAGGUGAAGGACUCCCUUGACAUCGACGUCAAGCAGAAUUUCAUUGACCCUUUGCAGAGUCUGAACGAUAAGGACCUGCGAGAGAUUCAGCAUCACCUGAGGAAGCUAGAAGGGCGGCGCCUGGACUAUGACUACAAGAAGAAGCGGCAGGGAAAAAUGGCGGAUGAGGAGGUGCGGCAGGCACUGGAGAAGUUCCACGAGUCCAAGGAGGUGGCUGAGAUCAGCAUGUAUAACCUUCUGGAGACUGAUAUUGAGCAGGUGAGCCAGCUGUCAUCGCUGGUGGAGUCACAGCUGCACUACCACAAACAGGCCGUGCAGAUCCUGGAGGAGCUGUCAGAUAAACUGAAGGACAGGAUAAAUGAGGCCCAGUUACGCACCCGCAGAGAAUACACCCCCAAGCCGAAGCCGACCUUUGAGUACAGUGACCCUAACCAGUCAAACGGCAGUUUCACCCCUUCUGUAGUUCCACCUCCUCGUUCUGCAGCCUCAUCGUUCCACAGAAGGUCGCGGAAGCACCCGCCAAACGAGCCCUGCUGCAAGGCCCUGUACGACUUCGACCCAGAGAAUGAGGGCGAGCUGGGCUUCAGGGAGGGUGACAUCAUCAUGCUGACCAAUCAGAUCGACGAGAACUGGUACGAAGGCACCCUACGCGGCCAGUCAGGAUUCUUCCCGCUCAACUAUGUUGAAGUGGUUGUGCCACUGCCUCGCUAAGUUAAAGAAGUCGGGGAAGGGGUGGGGGGGGGGGGUUGCUGGUUUUCAGAAUCCAGGGUCUUCAUGACUCUGCACUAACUUUGUCAGCCUCAUAUGCAUGUUUUCUAGACAUCUGCAGGGUUUAAAGGACGGUAAUUGGCAAAGGGGAGGAAUGUCAGAGUUCUAAUCACACUUUAAAAAAUGCAAACUAUAUACAUCUCUAACACAGUCCCAAAGCCACAAAUGAAAAUCGUGCCAGAAAUGUCAAAAGGCCAUUCAUCACAUUUACCUUGCCACAAAUUCAUAAGGAAAACGGGCACAAGAAUUGAUAGACCUCCCUUCAGCACACUGUGCUCCAUGUUAGAGGCACUUUUUUUUUUGUUAGAGCUUAUCUUGGUUCUUGGCUCCACCUGGUGGACAGAGCAUAACAUAAGCUUGCAAGCAUUGUAGGUUCAUGGUGACACAAUGGUGUACUGCGUGAGGUUACUUAGUGCCCACCAGUAAGUUACCACUAAUAGUACCUAACGUUUCAUGGGAACACGGGGGGUCGUCUUCAGAUAUAUUUCUCCUCUCCUCCAUUGAUCUCGGGCAACACGGUUCUGUUUGAGAUAUCACAAGUUAGCUACAGGACUGGGGCCUGCCUGAGUGCCUCUAUGUGGGGUGAGGGUUGCACUGUGCCUUGUCGAGGUGGUCUGCAGCCUCCGCCUCGGACCCCACGACAUCCAUGCUGAGCCACUCGUCUGCCAUCUCCUACCCAGGCGAUGGAGGGAAUCUCACUCUCUCUCACCCAUGUGGUUAAACAUGGAGCUUGAUACCCCUGCCAGGAAGAGCAAAUGACUGACUUUAUGUGCCGUUACAUGCUGGUCUAACACAUCCUUGGCAGAUGACACUGCUGGCGGUGUCUAUAAGGGGGGGGGGUGUUGCCUGUGACAUGUAUCCUUAAUCUAGAGCUGGAGGAAUGUCUUGACUUUGGAGUUGACUGGGAAACAUUUCCUGUGAAGAUGUAGCUGUGGAUGAGCACAGAAGGACGAUAAGCGUGUAAAUGCUAAUAUGCAAAGCGCUGGGAAUGUCACUGGAUCACAGCCAGCAGAAUUACAGGGGCUGUGUAGAGGUAGAACUGGGUGUCAUUAGAUGGGGCUGGAUUGUGCCACCAAGCUACGUGCAACAGUUGAGGGGGAAAAAACGAGCCAUGUUAAAUGCACCCGUCUAACCCUCUGUUAGUCUGCGGUUUCAUGCAACAGAUGUGUGACCGGGGUCCCUGCUUCUGUCCUGUGCUCACCCUCCCCCAACAGUGCCAAUUUUUCUGUGCUUUGCUUUGUUUAAAAAAAGAAAAACACUUAAUCCCUUUCGAAUCUUAAACUUGAGCCGUUGGUUUACAACUUAAUGUUUACAUGUUUCUUUUUCUACUCGAGAUCGAGAAGGACCUCCAAAUGGCGACCUCGCGAAAGAAUUAAUUAGGGAAACCACGUGUGGUUCCUCGGUGUGAACUAGCAGGCACUUGGUAAGCCUGAGACCGUGCCUGUGACUGCGUUGGUCUGGGGGUAUCUGUUGGUACUAGGAUGUGUUUCUAUGAUGGCGUGAUGGUUGGCCAUCAGAAAGGGGGCCUUAGUGACACCUUAACAGCUGACGGGGAGAGGAUUGUUAGUGUCCUCAGAAUGAGGCAGUUUCGACCUCUAUGCCCGUUGACCUUCGUUACACUACGCUUUUUAACUAAGGAUUUUCUAUGUAUGGUCAACAUGUAACUCAACAAGAGUAUCAGAACUAUUUGAUAUUAAAUAAAUGCAUUUUGUUACAAUAGUAUUAAUAUACCAAAAUCAUAUUGUAAAAUCUUAUAUAAAAGUUCUUUCAUUCUGCAUGUACGUUUGUACCUUUCAAAUUAUGCUUUUUAAUGGAAAAUGUGCCUAUGUGACCAAUAAUUGAAUUUUUCCUUGUUAUGCAUAAUCUUGUUUUUUUAUUAUAAAAUUAAGAUAUUGUCUCGUCUGUCUUCCUUAAGUAAAAACUGUUGAAAAAUAUUAAA